AUGAAGCUCCCCCCAGCUGAUGUGGUGGCGACAUGGCCAACACCGAAUUAUAUUGACCCUACCACCCGUGGGGAUUCUGUCCUUAUCGUGACCAUCGUCUUUGCUGCCAUAGCUUUUGUCGUAACUUGCCUCAGACUCUAUACUCGCUUCAAGAUAACAUGCAGCCCCGGGAUCGACGACGUUCUUAUCGUAGUCGCACUGGCCUUUACGAUUGCGAUGUGCGUGGUUAUUUGCUUGGCCACUGAACAAUAUGGAUGCAACAGACAUAUAUGGGACGUUCCGUUGGAGUGGCUUUCAACUGCCUCCAAAUUCAACCUCCUUUUCCAAAUCCUCUUUUCCCUAUCAUCCAGCUUCACGAAACUUGCGCUCUUAUGGUUUUGCAAACGACUACUCGGAGCCGGUAGCAAGGGUCUCUAUACCUCAUACAAUAUAAUUUUGAUCGGGGCAAUGGUCUUGGUGGCACUGCUGUGUAUCAUCUUUUUGCUUGUAUGCAUUUUCCAAUGCAGCCCGAUCCAUGCGUACUGGGACUUUCAGCCAACAUACCCUCAUCACUGUUUAAAUGACGGGGCCGUUGUAUUUGCCGCUAGUGUCGUCAAUAUCUUUACCGACUUUUUAGCCACGGUAAUCCCAAUGCCGUUGAUCUGGAACCUUAAACUGCCGGCCCGGCAGCGAAUUGCUGUGAUGUCCAUUUUUAGUCUUGGAAUUGUGGUCAAUGUUGCCGGUACCGUUCGGACGGUUUAUGUGUAUAAGAGUAUGAUCGCCUCGUACGACAUGACUUGGUUGGGUUGGCCGGUGUUCCUUACUGCAUCCAUAGAGAUCAAUCUGGGAUUGAUCUGUGCUUCUGCACCUGCAUUGAGACCUCUGGUUACGUUUUUCUUGCCACGGCUACUCCAGUCCACCCAGAAAUACGCGUCUGGGUAUGGCCAAAGUCGUCCUCAAAAGUUGUGGUCGUCGCUCAACCCGUCUCGGCACUCUACCAGACCCUCCAGGGGCCGAUCGCAUCAUCAUACUGACAGCCAGCUGGAACGAUUUGAGGUCUACCGAACGGUUGAGAUGGAAACUUGGACCGAAGCCCGGAAUCCAAGCGAGCCAGCCGACAAUGCUCAUAGUAUGCCAGCUAACCACGCCCGUGUCACAACGCCCAACCAUGAUUUCGAUCUUAAGUAUGAUAGUGCGGUAUACACAUCGCCUGCCAGCGAGAAGUCUUCUGCAUCUCUUACCCGGCAAACCAGCUCACCAUUCAAAGACAAACAUUCCAUAUGA